ACAUCAAUUAUAAUUAAAAUCAAUACAUCAAUCACUUUUUUCAUCGGUGGAAUGUAUAACCGAUGCAAAAUAUGAAAGUCAUUCAUGUCCCACGAACAAUUUUUAUCUUCUGCUAAUUGGUCGAGUUCUACUUGCGAUCCUAGUGGUUGAAUUGUGACGACCACAUGUAUUUCAAAGAGACGGACAGCACAACAUGGAAGCUAUAAAAACAUUAGACCGAGACAAAACCAGCUAUUUUUUUUUUAGAAAUGGCGAAUAGAGAAGAAAACAACGAGGGUCACAAAUUCACAGUGAAAUAUGUUGGACUCAACGGAAUGGAAUGCGAAGGCAAAUUGCCGAGGAGGGUGGUGGGAGUGAGAAAUCACUGUUACCUUUUGAAAUCCAAAAUCGGAGAGGGUUCAUUCUCCGCCGUGUGGAGAGCGGAGCAGAGACCACCAACCGGCGUUGACGUGGCGGUGAAGCAGGUCUUCCUCUCCAAACUCAACCCUCGCCUCAAGGCAUGUUUGGAUUGCGAGAUCAAUUUCUUGUCCUCCGUUAACCACCCCAAUAUUAUUCGCCUUCUUCACUUCUUCCAGGAUGAUGGAUGUGUGUACCUGGUCCUGGAGUUUUGUGCUGGAGGGAAUCUUGCUUCUUAUAUUCAGAAUCAUGGGAGAGUUCAGCAACAAAUAGCCAGAAAAUUCAUGCAGCAGCUUGGGUCUGGUCUAAAAGUAUUACACUCGCAUGACAUUAUUCACAGAGACUUGAAACCAGAGGUAAGUCCAUUAAGGGCAAACAAGAAAAAGGGAAAAUUGCAGCCCAUUUCCCAUAACGGCUUGCCCAAGUUGCAUGAGAAACCUUUCUCUUCUCUUAUUGAAAAUCUAUUAGUAGUAACUAUCAUUUUGAGAAUUGAGACAAGUAGCAAAAUCUUGUUUGCUUUGGUGCUAUUGUUGUUGAAUCAGAACAUUUUGCUAUCAAGCCACGGGGUUGAAGCAGUGCUAAAGAUAGCUGAUUUUGGUCUCUCAAGGACUGUAUGUCCUGGUGAAUAUGCUGAGACAGUUUGCGGUUCUCCAUUAUAUAUGGCUCCAGAAGUUCUUCAGUUCCAGAGAUAUGAUGACAAGGCAGACAUGUGGAGUGUUGGGGCCAUUCUUUUUGAGCUUCUAAAUGGCUACCCACCUUUUAAUGGCAGAAAUAAUGUUCAGGUGUUGAGAAACAUCAGAUCCUGCACCUGUCUUCCAUUUUCUCAACUGAUUCUUUCAGGAUUGGAUCCUGACUGUCUUGAUAUUUGUUCAAGGCUACUACGCUUAAAUCCAGUGGAGCGCCUCUCCUUUGAUGAAUUUUAUUGGCAUAGCUUUCUACAAAGAAAACUGAUGGGAACAUGAUAACUAUACCAGGAUUUGAAGUGUUCACGAUCUUUCCAUGGUAGUUAUCUUCAAAACUAUCAAAUUCAUCUGUAAAAGUUAAUGCCAUUUCCGUUUCUUUCCCAUCUUUGAUUUCUCUCCUUUCUGAACAUUGGAUAAGUGCGUUACUUAUGGGGAUAUAAUCUAUGAGUUCUUUCUUGACACUGCCUGCAAAUUCAGCAGCUUUGGAAUUUAUUUUUUUUAAUUCCAGUUCCACUAGUAACCGCCUUUUCAAAUGACUUAGUGAUCUUAAAUGUGAGAGAAGUUGUGUUCAGACCUCAGAUCCCACCCUCUAUUUUAGGGUGUGAUUGAUAACUCAUCACAUCCAACUUGAUCCACGGAUGACGGUAUGAGAGAGGCUAUCAUUUGUUGCUUCCCCAUAUUUUGAUCUUUCUUUACAUGGUUUUUAAUUUUAAUGCACGUAUAAGAUGUCAAGGCAAA